UCACAUUCAUUUAAAAAUAAAUCUGAAAAGAUUGUUUUGUAUUUAUUUUUUUUUUAAUUUUCUGGAAUUUGAUGGUAAAAUUAUUCUUAGUGUAAGGAAACAGACCUUGACUUUUCAACUACACAGCUGGUUGCUUUGACAGCGUUCCAAGCCGCCAUUUGGCCAAACGAGUUUUUGAAGUAAAUCAAAGCAAAUUAAAGUAAGCAAGGCGUGCAAAGCAAGCCGGCAUUGGGCCAGCGCCUUUACACUCAUAGCACACAUCAGACAAAAAGAAAUAAAAAAAUGGAAGAAAAGCUCAUAGAGGAAACUAAAUUGCACCCGUGUCUUUUUGACAAAAACUGUCAUCUUUUUAGAAAUAAAAUGAUGACGGAGCGAGCGUGGCAGGCAGCAGCGAUUUCCACGGGAGCGUCAGUGGAACAAAGUAAGCUACGCUGGAAAUCACAGAGCGAUAGAUUUGUGCGUGAGGUGGCGACACAAAAGUCCAAUGCGGGGUCCGCUGCAGACGAAAACACAGAAUGGUGCUACCUAAAGUCCACGCAGUUUCCAAUGAAACACGGUGCUACUAGGAGGAGGAAGUUGUGUUAGUGGAGUUGGUCCCUGACCAAAGAGAUGUAAUUGAAAGCAAAAAAUCAGAUGCGGUAACUUGGA